AUGCGGCAGGCUGGCUUCGGUGGCCGCCUCUGCCCGGAUCCCUGGAAGGAGCGCCGGUGCCGCAAGCCCCGGGGGGAGCCGCUGACGGAACCAGCUGCUUGCCACCUCUGCCUGGCCUCUGUGGAGAGACGGAUCAGAGAAGAGCAGGCAUGGCAGGAAAAGGUGGCUCUUCAGGACUUGGUCUUCCGCUUCCAGGACUGGCUGCGUGCUGCGGAGGCGACAGUCCGCUCGGCACGAUCCUCGCAGGUCUCGUACGCCCAUUCCAAGAAGGAGCUGCAGAGGUGCGAGGUGCUGCAGAAGCAGCUCUCGGACAAACUGCUGCUCCUGGAGACCUUGAACCGGCACUACCGGCAGCUGGGGCGGAGUGGGGGUACCUGCGCACGGCUUCGAUCCGCGGUUCAGGAGCUCAACCGGCACUGCGACGAGCUGCAGAGGCGGGCCGCUGCCGUCCACGCCGCGCUGAGGCGUGUCGUGAACGAAUGGGAGGAGUUUCAGCUGGAGAGGGAGAGCAUGCGCGUGUGGCUGAUGGAGCUGGACCUCCGGCUCACGGAUGUGGAGCACUUCUCCGGCGGCACCGCGCUGGAUAAGAUGAUACGGCUGCAGGCCUGCAAGCAGGACGUCCAAGCCAAUGCGGAGCGCCUGGACCGCCUGCUGGAGCGCGGGGAGCGCUUGAUCCAGAGCAGCCAGCCGGAGGACGCCCGGCGGCUGGAGGAAGAGCUCCAGGCCUUGAGUAGCUUCUGCCAGGAGGUCUUCCGGAGGGUCUUCCAUUUCCGCCGGCGACUGGUCAGCCUGAGGCUGGUCUUUGAGGACGAGUGGCUGUCGGACCGGGAGAGCGAUCUGGAGUCGGACUGCGUCUCAGCGGAUCCCCCGGAGCUGGACCACGUGGCCACGGGAGCGGCCCAUCCUCCUGUCUGUCCCCUGAGCCAGCCACCCCCAGGAGAAGCGCCCUCGCCUUGCUGCCAAGCACCGGCUCCCCAUGCAGGAGGGACCCUGGACCUGGAAUGGGACCCUUCCGUGGAUGUUGGGGGGUCCACGUCCCACGAUGAAGAGGAUUCCUCAUACUACAGUGCCAUCACAGGGGUCGGCCCAUGGGAAGAACCUCGCCGAAGGUGCAAGCCGUCCUCUGCCUGGGGGUCCCGUUCUCUGCCUUUGAGGUGUAGCAGCCAAGAGGACUUCUUCGCACAGGAGGGUGUCUUCCAAGGAGCGUGGAACCAGUCCAGCUGCUCUGGAGCUGACCGGAACAUGAAAAGAUGCAGCUCUGGAGAUUCACACCCGUGGGAGGUGGCGCAUCCCCCGAAUCUGCUCCCGGAGGAAGCUGGCCGCCGCCCAGCAGAACCGGUGGGAUUUGACCCCAAACGUAUCGAGACCUGGCUGGGCCAGAACUGCCAGGAGAAGAUGGGGCAAGAUGCAAGAACACGUGUGGCCUUUCAGCCUGUGGGAGCCCUGCGGCUACCUGAGACAGGUGGGAACCAGCCGAAGCGGCAGAAGCCACCACAACGGACAGAGAAGAGAAGCAAGCCACCCCUGCAGCCCGGCCCGGGGAGCCGUCGGCAGAUCUCCAGGAAGAAGCAGCCUGGCUCCCGGCCAGCAGAAUCUGCAGUCACCGUGGAGCGAGGCUGCGAUCCACCGCGGCCACUCGACCUCUCCGCCCGGGCGCAGAAAUUCCCCGGAAUCCGCGCCCUCCGGAAUAAGGUGUGGCUGCUCUUCCCCAUCGCCCUCCUGCUGCUGCUGCUGCUGCUGCUGCUCCAGCCCACCCUCCUGCCCCUCUCGGAGCCCCCCUGCCUCCGGGCGAACCGCUACGCCAGGUCCUUCCAUCUCACGCUGAAGCACAGAGGGCCUCCGCCCACUUAGCCCUACUGCCGGAGCAGGGGCUCCUUGGGACGGAGACGGCCGGCACCGUGGGAGGAGAAGGUUGUCCGUGGAGUGGCUCAGGCUGCGAGGA